UUCCUUCCUCGCCUGGUCCGACAUAAACAAAUACAGUGUGAGGCUUUUAUAAAUGGGGGCUAUGCUCAGCCUCCAGUCGCUGAAUCCGCUUCAGAUCGUCGAACACGGAGCUCUACACCACCGCAGGCCACCACUUUUCUAACAUCGCCACCAUGAUUCAUUCAACAAACGCGCUGCUCAUUUGUGUGGUUGUCCUCUGCGCGCUGGAGGAAACGGUCCUGUCCCAACGCGGAUAUUGCGCCGCGAAUCAGUGUUUCGCAUUUUUCCUGGAGCCCAAGGACUUUACAGGCGCACGGAAAAGCUGCAGCGACUCUGGCGGACAGUUGUACGCGUUAGGCUUGGAACACGUAGAGGAGAUAUUGACUGUCAGCGGUAGUUACUGGGUGGAGCUGCCCAGCACAGACACGGCAGCAGAGGAAGCUGCAGCAGGUCUACAAAGCUGCCCGUUCAUCUCCGUGACGACCGGACGCAAAAACGAGCUGCAGCGGGAGCCGUGCCGCGGCACCCGGAACGGAUUCCUGUGCCAGUACAAGUUCCAGGAGCCGUGCAGUGUCUUACAGACAGACGGAGACACGCAGGUGAAAUACACCACGCCCAUGCACUUUAGGGCGGACGAAUCGGAAACGUUUCCACCAGGAACCACCGCGGUAACGGUUAAGGUUGGCGGUAAUUAUCCGGAAUCGAAGCACUUGUGUUUCUCCAAGGGUUGGAUGCAAGCUCCCUGGAGGUGUGAGGUGCUGUGGGGGGGCUGCGAGCACAACUGCGGUGCCACCACACACACCUGCAUCUGUCCCGCGGGGAAGGUCCUCCAUCACAACAACAUCUCUUGUACCAAGGGUCCCUGCGAGAACAACCCGUGCACAGGCGAGGGUGAGGAGUGCGAGAACACCCGGGAAGGGUUCAAGUGCACGUGCAGUGAUGGCUUUAUCGAGGAGGAUGGGGGGUGCGUAAAUGUCACGAUCUGCGAGAGGUGCGAGCACAUGUGUGACAAGUUCGAUGGGGUUUACCAGUGCAUGUGCAAAAAGGGGUUCAGGGUGGCGGCCCACGACCCCACCAAGUGCGAUAUGAUCUGCAACGAGAAGGACUGUCCGGCCAGGUGCGACAGGAACGACCAGGAUUCGUGCUACUGCCCCGACGGUUACAUCCGAGACUUCCAAGACGGGAAAAGCAGCGCACCCUUCUGCACCGACAUCAACGAAUGCGAGAUGGGGCAUUGCGACCACAAGUGUGAGAAUUUGUUCGGGGGUUACCAAUGUUUGUGCAACGAGGGGUUCAGGCUGCACCAGGACAGGAACACGUGCGUGCCCAUCGAGGAGGACGACGAUGGAUCGGGCUCCACUCCUCCGUACCCCACCCCAGCCGGCACACACCCGGUCGCGGUGCCCUCUUACAUCAAGACCGGCAGCGUCCUGGGCAUCAGCAUGUUCAUGGUGCUGUGCGCGGGCCUGCUGUACUUCCUCAUCCGAAACGCGGUCAAGCGUUGCGGCAGAUUCGAGCUCUCCUCUAUCAAACGCCCAGACAUCGAUAUUUUCUAUCUGCAGCAGGUGACCUCGGAGGCGUACAAGAGGUUGUCUAUGGACAAACACUUCAAAAGUGACUCUUAAAUACUUUUAAUCUCACCCAUAAGGAAGUAUGCUGCUUUUCAACCUUUUUUCUUUUUUAUUUCCUCAAGAGACGUCUUGAGAAGUUUUGAACUUUUUCACAUUUUUUCACAGGAAGCUGCCCUCAACCACACUCUGUGAAGCAGUGAUCUGUCCCGUGAUAGGGUGACGGGUGGCCCGCCAACCAUUGUCUAAUUCACUAUGAAAAUAAAUUGGUUCACAAUGGGAAAAUUCUUUCUUCAACUUUUAAUGUAAAUGCAGUGCCAGAGUUCACAAAAAGCAUAAAGAUAUACAUAAUUAUGAAAAAUAUCCAAAAAAUAAAAUGUAUGUUUAAUAAGUUAUUAAGUCAGAGUAAUUUUAUCUGAUAAAGUCCUAGAUAUUGGACUUGAUUUCUGAAUGUUUAGUCGAUUUUUGUAUGGAAUUGUUGUUAAUUUGUCUUAUAAAAACAAACGAGAGGCUGUUACAUGGUACUAAUAAGUUAGUAUGGUUGCUUUUUCAAAUUACAAAGCAGUUUCCUUAAAAGCUCUACAAAUCCAGCAAUGUCAACCUUUAAUAAUUUUCAAUGUAUUUGAAAGACAAGGUUCUCUCACCAGAACCAGCUCUAUGUCUGAUGUCACUUUGUUGUUGUCUUAUUACACUGUACUGAGCUGUAGUUAAGUUCUUUAAAAAAGGAAAACAAAACGUGCCUUUGCUCGACAUCAUUGUUUUGCACACUUUUGCGUAUCUCUUUGUCUGUAAAGUGACACUGUAAACCUUUAGUGUAGAUAAAAGGAGCUUUUUUUUGUCAAAUGCACAUUAUUUUUCUAGUGUGUAGUGCGUGUGACUGAUGUUUUCUCAUUUAAUAUGUUUUAUAUUUAUUACAUUUGAGAUGUCUGAUGUCCUUGGCCACUAUUUGUUUUGGGAUGCAUCGGUUGCUAUGGAAACCGUAUCUGAUAACUCACAGCAGUGUGUAGUCAGGUGUUACGGACCAUUUUUCACAUGCGCUUCCCUGGCGGAGAUCAUCCGAAAUGACAAAUCCACAUUGUGGAUUGUCCAAAUGUGUAUUGACUUAAAUAGACUUGUAUUUCUGGGGGCAUCUCUGGGUUCUCUCUCCAGGUCCUGAUUUGGUCACACGAUUCCUUCUGUAUAACACUGAGAACACUAUAACUGUAACUGAAUGACAUGUUACCGUAUACUCCCUGAUAAUGCUGUGCUACCACUGACAGUCACAUGAGGUUGAAUGUUGUUGCCUUUACUGUAUAACUGACGGCUCAUGGAGCUUUUAUCAGUCGGUGAAUAUUUCACAAUUGAAUGAUAAAUAAAGUUCUGAACACAAAAUGUUGGUGUGUGAUUCACAAAAGGUUCAUUUUCAUUAAUAUUUGUAGUACUGUAAUCAUUUAGCAAGGGGGACUUGGUGUCACUUAGCAAUAUUCAUAACAGAAUAAUCGUAAUUAUAUUAAUACGUGAGGUGAGAGGAAGAAAUA